AUGCUGAGCAGCAGCGUCUUCGAGCCGUCCGAAGAAAUCCGGCAUCUCCACUUCCACUUCCACAUGCACGGGGUGGACAUGGGCCGCUUGCGGCUGGAAGCUUUCAGCAGCGCUGGGUGGACGGAGCUGUGGGCGCGAGCAGGAGCGCAAGGCCAAGAUUGGAACCUGGCCGCGGUACACUUGCCGCCGAACGUCACGGCAGUGCGUUUCGUGGGAACCACAUUUGCCGGCGGCUGGUACAGCGAUAUGGCGUUGGAUGGCAUCGCCACGGGGCUGCCCGCCGUGGAGUUCGAUCAUCUCACUUGUAAUUUCCGUCAUGAUGCCUGCCUGUGGCAGAGCACUGGUGCCUCUUCCUGGCAGGUUGCGGGGGAUGCAGGUGGCCAGUGGCUGGAGGCUUCUGGGAACAGUUCCCAAGCUUCGGAAUGGAUCUUGGAGACGGCGGCGCUCUUCAACACCACGGAGGAGAAGGCCUUGCUUUUCGACUACCAGCUCUCCGGCUCGGAGACCGUGGCGUUGGAAUUACAGCACAAAACCUCUGCUGGCGGCUGGCAGCGUUUGUGGUCGGAGUCGGGCAGCCGCGGCGCAGUUUGGCAUGCUGCCACAGUUUCCAUACCUGCUGGCAGUGUCGGCUUCCGCUUCGUGGCCAAUGUCAGCGAGCUAGACUUGGUGAAACUGGAUUCCUUCUUGGCGGCCAGCACCGAGUCGGAUCUGGCAAGCAUCAGCUGCAGCUUCGAGCAGGACACUUGCAAGUGGGUGGGAGACUGGCGGCGCCUCAGCGGCCCCUCCUUAGAAACCGCGGCCUUCCACGCCGAGAGCUAUGCUUCUGCUGGAGGAGUUACAAACCAGGUGACAAGGGGCAAAUUCAGAGUUCCCUCUAGCCCUGUGCUCUCCCUGCAGGUGUUCACGCUCACCAGCCCAUUCUUCGGGAAGCUCGCCAACGUCUCCUACUUGGAGUUUGCCUUCCACAUGUUUGCUAGUGGAAUCGGCAAGCUGGAGUUAUGGUACUUGAAAGAAGGCAGGUGGAGCUUGCGCUGGUCCCGGCAAGGAAACCAAGGGGCCGACUGGCUUCAGGCCAAGGUCACGCUCCCAACUGGGGUGGAGAUGCUCCGCUUCGUGAACUCCGAGUCCAGACACGUUGAGUCCCAUGUAAGUUUGGACGCGAUCCUCGCCUGGGAGGGGCCGGGAGCAGCCCCGGCAGAGUUCCUGAACCUUUACUCUGGUAACUACCACAACUGUGCAGUUCUCAAGGCCGAGGGCCUCCUGAAGUGCUGGGGAUAUGUUGACGGCCGGUUGGGUUACGGUAGCGAAGAAAAUGUGGGGCUUGUUCCGGGUGAGAUGGGCGAGAACCUGCCGGUGGUGGACCUCGGGGAGCCGGGCGUUCGAGUGACGCAGGCAGCCGGCGGGACUUGGCACACCUGCGCAGUUCUCGAGACGGGGGUGCUGAAAUGCUUCGGGGACAACGAGUAUGGCAAGCUUGGCUACGGACACACCCGCGAUGUUGGAGACGAGCCCUUCGAGAUGGGCGAGCACCUGCCAGCCGUGGACCUGGGCCCUGGUGCGGAGGUGGUGCAGGUGGCUGCGAGAUGGCUACAAACCUGCGCUCUGCUUCGAGGCGGGCGCGUGAAGUGCUUCGGACAAGGUCCCCUACUGGGCUUGGGAGACCAGCGUCGGCCUGAGAGGGAGCACCGUGGCGACGACACCGGCGAGAUGGGCUCGGAGCUCCCUGCUGUUGACCUCGGGACAGACUUCGAAGCGGUGCAGCUGGCCGUGGGAGAUUUCCACAGCUGCGCUCUCUCAAGCCAAGGUGCCGUGAAAUGCUGGGGACGGAGCGACCGCCUGGGACUGGGACUUGGGGAUACUGCAGUCUACAUCGGCGCCAGCCCCAACGAGAUGGGCGAUGCUCUGCCUGCAGUGGACUUGGGUCUCCUUCCUGCCGUGCAGAUCACAGCCGGAGACAGGCACACCUGCGUGUUGUCCGACGGCUCGGUAAAGUGCUGGGGUCGGAAUCACAGGGGGCAGCUUGGACACGGCACCCUCGAAGACGCGGGAGACCAGCCCGGUGAGAUGGGCACCAAUCUUCCUGCUACGAAUCUGGGUGAUGGCAUGACGGCGGUCUACAUCACUGCCGGCAGUCAUUUCAACUGUGCCAUCCUCCAAGAUGCAACCCUCAAGUGCUGGGGCGAGGGAUCGAGUGGCCAGCUUGGCCAGGGCAACACAGAGGACUUGGGAGAUGAGCCGUCAGAGAUGGGCUCCAAUCUUCGCGCGGUCGGCCUCGGCAAUCUCGAGGUGCGGGAUGUGAGUGCCGGUUACGGCCACACCUGCGUGCUGCUGGACGACGACAGCACGAGGUGCUGGGGCGAUGGCAGUGCUGGGCAGCUGGGCAUUGGCAGCGCCCGCAGCGUCGGCUCGGUGGCAGGCGAGCUUGGUGUGGCUUUGGUGCCUGCGGAGCUCUUUCCCAUGACCGUUGGUGCUGGCCUUCAGGGUGUCAGCGUGCUCGCCCUUACCGCAGACCAUGGCUUUGCCAGAGGGCUGCUUCAAAUGCAGCACGAUGCUUCGGUCGGCUUAGUGUGCGAUGAUGGCUUUAACGACCGGGUGGCGCAAGUGGCCUGCCGCGAUCUCGGCAUGGCCGGUGGCAGGACCCUCUCGCUAACGAUGUGGGGCGGGGUGGGGGCUGGCGCCAUCGUUGCUGACAACAUGAGGUGUACAGGUACAGAAGUGAGUCUUCGCGACUGCGUCUUCCGCGGCUGGCAUCUGCACGACUGCACUCCUCAGGAAGCCGCAGGUCUUGAGUGCGAGUCGGAUGCGUGGAGCGAGUACACACCCGCCGGAAGCCCCGCCGGGCGCCAGGACGCUUCCAUGGUCUGGGACAGCGAGACUCAGUCUGCGUGGAUGUUCGGGGGCCACGCCAGCAACGCCUUCCUCUACUUUGCGGACCUCUGGCAUUACGACUGGCCUCGACGGGCUUGGACUGAGAUCUUGCCAUCGAGUGAGGGCCCCGCCCCCGGUGCCAGAUGGGGCCACGCAGCGAUGUGGGAUGCGCAUUCGCGAUCUAUGCUGAUCUUUGGAGGCAGGGCACAAGUUACCUUCUACAAUGACGUCUGGCACUUUGGCAGCAACGACAGCGCUUGGAGGCGAUUGCCUGCCACGGCGCAGCCGUCGGCACGCGCCUACCACACCGCGAUCCUGGACCCCUUGGAAAAUGCGGUGCUAGUUCUUGGAGGAGAGAGCGGCAGCCAGGUGUUGGAGGACCUCCAGCGCUACAGCCUCGCCGACGGCCAGUGGAGCGAGCCUGGGGCGACAGGGGCCGGAGCGCGCAGCCGGCACACUGCCGUCUGGGUGCCCACAACUCGCUCCAUGCUCGUUUUUGGUGGGUGGAGUGGGCAGCAUUACCUGGAUGACCUUCGCAGCUACGAUGCUUCAGCAGGCACCUGGACCGACUUGUCAGCUUCAGGAUAUUGGCCCACGGCUCGGGCUGGGCAUGCCGCUGCGUGGGACCCGGUGUCAAUGAGCAUGCUUGUAAUGGGUGGCAUCGCCAAUGUGAGCAACGACCUCAGCUACACGUCGUCUCUCUACAACUACAGCCUCUUGACAAACUCCUGGAAGCAAGAGGGCUUGCAAACCGAGGUCUUAGGCCCAACCGGCCGUACCGGUCAUGGCAUUGUUUGGGACUACGCUUCUCGUGGCUUGCUGUCCUUCGGUGGCUUCAAUGUCUCCUACUUGCAGCAGACCUGGCGAUACGUGGUCAGUCAGACCAGCUCGCCCUUGUUGGUCAGCUGCCAGCUGGGCCGGAACUGCUCCUUCCGCUGGAAUGCCUCGGGCGUUGGCACCGUGAAACGCGCCUGCUCCGACCCGGAUAUCUUGGCAGAACUCCCCCCGCUGCUUUCUGAUGAAGCGGAGGAGGAUCUCUGGAUGUUCGGAGGACACGCAACCCCCCUCUUUGCAGAACCGGGGCAUCACCGCCUGUGCUGGUGUGACACCAACUGCAGUCAUCCCGACAACUUCAGUGCGGCAGUGGGGUACUUUGUCGUGGAGGGGCCGCAGCUGCGCCAGUCCGCGCAAUGCUACCUAGUGGAGUUUCUCGUGGUGGCCCUGAACUUGGACGUCAUCUGCCCACCGGGCGAGUACAACGAAGGGAUCCGAAGUGCAGAGCUGUCCGUCGGCGAGCACUUCGGCAGAGGGCUCAAGUCCGCCGCCCAGCAGAGGCGCUACUGGGACGCAGAGAGCGCGAUCUGCUUGGCCUGCCCGGCUGGGUCUUGGACGUUGCAGGAGGGAGCCACCAGCCUUGCGUCCUGCAGAUGCAUGCCGGGCUUCUUCACCACGCAGCUCGACAAUCCUGCGGUUUGCGAAGCCUGCGGCGUGGGCUUUUUCUGUACAGGGGGCCUGCAGACCCGGCAGCCGUGUGCACCGUCCCAAACCACCGAGAGCGACUCUUCAGCAGACGAAUCCCAGUGCGUUUGCCAGGCUGGCAGCUUCUUGGAGGACGGGCUUUGUGCCCCAUGCCCAGUUGGAUUUUUCAAGGGCAGCGUUGGAGACUUCGCAUGCUCGCCGUGUGGCACGGGCACCUUCAGCAACGGCACUGGAAGCACAGAGCGCUGCAGAUGCCGACAGGGCUAUGGUUUUGACGAGGAGAUCGCGCAGUGCAGACCAUGCCUUCCGGGCGAAUACAAAGCACUGGUAGGCGACAACCCGUGCAGCCGGUGCUCUACCAACAAGACCUCCAUGGAGGGUGCCAUGUCUCCCCUCGACUGUCAGUGCCGGUCGGGUCUGGCAGCAGACGGCGAAACCUGCCGAGACUGCAGGGAAGGCUUCUUUUGCCCGGGCCAGGGUGAUGAGCUGCAAUGCCAGGAUAGCGCCACCUCACGCGUUGGCUCGAUCCUGCAGGCAGACUGCUUGUGUCUUCCAGGACACGCCCUUGAAGCUCAGGGCAUCUGUGAGCCAUGCCAACCUGGACGGUACAAGCCCACGCUGGCUAACGAUCCAUCGUGCCUUUUCCAGUGCCCUACAAAUGCCCAAAGUGCCAACGCGUCCACCAACUUUGCCGACUGCUUCUGCACGCUUGGGUUUUAUGCAGUCCUGGAUGCAGCAGGAUUGCUGUCCAGGUGCGCCAGUUGUGCCUUCCUUCCUCAUUUGCAGUGCUUGGGUGGUUUUCACACUCAGACUGGCAACCACACGCUGCCUGUCGCUCGGCCUGGGUACUUCCAAACAGGAGUGACGCUUGCAGUGAAGUGCACGGCCAUCACAGCCGCUGGCCUCAGCGCUUGCCUCGGAGGGCAACUAUGCAAGCAAGUUGACGCAGUGGAAUGCCUCGGCAAGUAUGAGAACGCUUGCGACGAAGGCUCCACUGGGUUCUUGUGCGGAGAAUGCCCAGCUGGUUGGGCCAGGAGUGCCUUCCUGCAGCCAUGCGAACCGUGUGCUGCCGGGGCUACUUUGCCGCUGAUUGCUGCAGUCAUCAUCGAUGUUGGGACGAAGGCCACUGUCAGCUUCGUUGUGGCGUCCAUGGCGGCAACAGCUGCCGUCAGAGCAAGCAGCAAGCUUCACACGGUGAUGAUCCGCAUAGCCACCCAGUGGCUGGCUGUCUGCUCGGUGCUAGCAAUCUUCGAUCUGACCCAGAUACCUGUCAACGAGGUCACAGAGACCUGGUCCGGAGAGGAGGAUACUCGGCUCUUCCCGUGGCCUGCACAAGUCACCGCGGCGAUGCGCGGCCUCUUCGAGACCUUCACGCUAAACCCCAUCUUGACUUCCAUCGACUUGGCAGCACAGUGCUUGGCAAAGGAAUUCUCUUCCCAGAGCACGGCCCCGAGCUUAGCCGUUGGGGUGUACUAUCUCAUCCUGCCUUUGCUGGUGAUUCUGGGCAUAGUGCUGCUCUCUUUGCUGGUGGUGCAUGGGCUGGUACCUUCGGGCAAGCGCUUGGGCUUCGCCUUCAACGAGGUUGCACGCCGCCAACAAAAGCAGGCAAAGGCCAUGAAAAGCCUGCGCGAGGCAAUGGAUCAGAUGCUGAGUGAGACUUUUCCGCGGACGUCCGGCCUUCCUGCCGUGGCUCCGACAUCGAACACUCCCGUCACCUUCUCUUGGGUGGACCUCGAGCGCUCGGGUGCCUUGCAUUUCCACACCGUGGCUCAGGUGCAGCUUGCAGCCGACGAUCUCGACACCUUCCUGUGCAACACGGUGGCCGGAUCCCGGGAGCUGCUGCUGAGGGCCUGCGCGGCCCGAGCACAGGCCGAGCCGCAACAGGUCCACGAGGAGCUGGCGCAGGCAGAUCUGCGGCCUUUCCUGACUACUGACUUCGCCGCGCAGUUCGAGAAAUUUACCAGCAUGCUGGAUGCGGUCUUGUAUGGAGUACGGACCGGCGCUACCCUCCCCAGCGCUGAGGCAUCCAAAGAAGCUUUCGAACGCUCCGAAGAGAACGACACCACGGAGCAUCUGGAGGGCUCAGAGCACUUAGGUGGGUCCGAGUCCGAGGCAGCCGAAGUCGCUUUGCAGCCUAUUGACGACACGGCGCACGAGACGAAGAUUGCCGUGUCGCAGCACGCCUCGAGCCCCAUGGUGGAUACGGUGGUGGAGACGCUUGAUUUUGGACUUUUCUCAGCGACACCUCGCUUCGGCGAGCUCUUGAACCAGAGCGUCCCUGUCAUCUGGAUCAGCCUGGUCUCUCUAUGGCCUGGCCUACUCUCCAGCUUCCUGCAGAUGAUUUGGUGUGUUCCGGUCCAGGAGGACGAUGUCAUCGUCAAUCGCCUGCUGCCCAACCCUUCAAUAGUAUGCUGGUCCGACGACCACCUGGUUUCUGCCCGCAUCGCGAUUGCUGGGCUCGUGGUUUGGUGCCUUGGCAUCCCGCUCACGCUGGCCGUCCGGCUGCUACUCAUCCCAGAUAGACAGUCUCCAGAGAACUUCAGGCGCUUCGGCUUCUUCUUCCAGGGCCUGGAGCCGAAGUUCUGGUGGUGGGACCUCCUGGUUAAGCGUUUGGACGUGGCCUUGAUGAUGCUUCUCACCUACACUUCUGUGGUGCCAGAUCCGAAAGGCAAGCUCAUGCUCUUCCCCGCCCUCUCCGGCUUCCAGGUGUAUUUGGCAGCUUGGGUCAAGCCCUAUGCAAACGAUCAAGCCGAAAUCCUUGAUGUCGUGGAGGUGACACUGUCCGCGAUCCGCUUCCUACUCUUCUUUGCCGUGGCGUCACUUCUCAUUCUGAAGCCGCCGGCAGCAACUACGCAUGCGGUCGCCUACUCACUCCUUAUGAUCAUUGUGCUGGCGUGCCUAUACCUCUUCGCCCACUUCACUGCUCAGGUGCUCCGACAAGCACAAAUCGAGCCCAACUCCUCCAAAACGAGCUCGUCGUUCCUGAGACCUCUAGGCGCGGUCAAGGGCUUCGUCGUCGAAUGGGCCGUGCCUUUGUUCACAGAG